AUGUUCAGCACCUUUGGUGCUACAAUGGCUGGUGGCAUGGCUGGUGGCCUCUACCCCACAGACACUCCGGAGACGGCGGCCUUCAAGGUGGCGCACAGCGGGGCGCUGGCAGCACGGAACGACGCCAAACCACCGCGAGUCAAAGCCUUCAUUGCAUAUGGCUAUGAGCAAGCACAGCAAUCCGCCAUCAAUAGGAAUCCCAGACAUCGAGGAAUGGUCGAGCGUGCAGCUUGUGAGAGAGAGAUGGUGGAGGUGAAGAGUCGUAAGGUGCCCGUGCUGAGCUGGAAAGCGGCCAUAGAGAUGGGCAGCUUCUUGGACCGAAUGAGAGAGGAGUGUGAGAGGGACGGAGAGGGCAAAGAGAGCGACGCGGAGGUGGAUGAGAGGACCAAGGCGUUGAAUCCCGGACAAUGCGCGGUGCUGGUUUACACCUCAGGCACCACUGGCGACCCGAAGGCUGUGAUGCUCUCCCACGACAACGUGCACUACGAAGGUCAAUCGGUCUUCUUGAAGACAAUCAAAGAAGGUGCUCCAGGCUUCUUGGAGGGCGAGGUGCAAGACGGCUUGGGCGGGGAGGGGGUUUGGAUCAUGAUCUUGUUGGACUUCCGAUGGUUGGCAGCCGAUUUGGGGGUGGACGAGAUGGCGGACUUAGACUACGACUUCCAUGGAGAUUUCGAUGACGGCCCUCCACCUCUCCUACCUCUGACGCCUCCAGCACCCGAGCAUGCGAUCCAGGAUGAGCCCGGCCCCUGGCGUUGCUUGAGGUGCCAUGGACAUGAGUUGGAGCAGCUAGAGAAUGGAUGGAAGUGUUCUUCAUGUGGCUCCACUGACUACCACAACGUGCGCUACCCCACCAAGACGGUCACUCCCACUGGCACUUGGAUGUUUGUUCCCCAUACUGCAGGUUCCUCUCCUUCCUCAGCACCUUCGAGGGCUUCGAGAAGACCUAGGAGAAAGAAGAACAAGCAGAGGACGUCAGACAGUCCUCCAGAUGGUGGAGAUGACUUCGACUUGGAGGAGUCCUACGAACGUGCGGAGUCAGAAGCCCUGACACAUGACCCGGUGAUUGAACCAUCACCGGCACCAUCCAGGACAGGCAAAGCUCCUCAUGCUGGUCCUCCCGGCCCUUCAAAGCCUGGUCAAGGACCAAAGAAGCCUACAGGACCUGGUCUACCUCCUGACCUUCGAGAACCAGUUCAUGCGCCGGUAACCGGCAAGGCUGGCCCUCGACUACCACGACCAGCUGUCCUACUCCGACAAGUCGAUUCAGAACUACCCGAUCUACAUGGCACCAACAUGAGCUUCGCUGGUGGGCAAAAGAAGAAGGACGAUGACUCCGACAAGACUGGAGCUUCGUGGAAUAGCAGAAAAGGUCCUGAGCCUGGGAUCAAGUGGAAGACCGGUCAGUAUCCACCGGUCCCAUUGUGGAAGUACGAUGCCAGUGACUUGAGGGCCUUCGCCAAGUACAAGAAGAAGAUUGAGAUCUGGCAAUUGCAGAUGCGGCCAUUUGCCUCGGGAAAAGAUCAGGCGCUCCUGCUCUACAAUAGUCUGAGCGGUGAACCUGAACAAGAACUUGAACACCUCAGCGUGGACGAGCUCUACGUCGAGAAUGGCGUGGCCAAGAUCCUCGAGCUUUUGCAAAAGCCAUUUGAACAAAGACAGAUCUACCAGAAGCGUCGCUUCCUCCAGGACUUCGAAAACAUGCGCCGCUUCCAUGGCGAGUCGAUGCGGGCCUAUGUCCUUCGAUUCCGGAGGGUGAUGAGGUCCCUGCGGGCCGUCGGCAUCGAGAUCACGGCAACCUUCGACGAGGAGGCCCUCGGCUCCCGCUUGUUGGACAGGAGCGGGUUGAGCCACUCCGACCAGCGGAUGGUCCUGAUAGGUACCCAACAGAGUUUGGCCUUCGAGACCAUUGCAGAGACCCUUGCAUUGCAGUGGCCUGAGUUCCGUCCACCUCCACCGAUCUUCACGAAGGAAGGUAAGGGCACUGGCAAGCACGGCAAGACCGCAUCAUCAUCGACUUCAUCGAUUACCAGUUCGACGACAUCAACGGCACCGUCUUCUCGCUCUUCCGGAGGAGGAAAGGGCUAUCCGCCCAAGAGGGUCUUUGUCGCUGAGACCUUGGAGGAGGAGCCUGAAGGCGAGGACUUGGAGGCCGCUGAUGGAGACUUGACUCCUCCUGAGGCGGACGAAGAACAAGAUGAACAGCAAGAAGGCAAUGAACCUGAGCAUGCAGAAGACGACGACCAGGGAAACCUUGAGCUACAAGACCUGGCCAAUGUCCUGCCAGUGACGGCUCGCAAGUUGAGCGGUGUGACAUUGGGCCGCAAGUUUACCACCGGCGGCAAGAAGGUCAAGAAGACUCCUGAGGAGCUCCGCAAAGUCACGCAUUGUUCAGCGUGUGGAGCCCUGGGACACUGGGCUGCCGAUAGUGAGUGCCCAAUGAACAAGGGCGGCAAGGGAUCCAAGGGAACUGCCAAAGGCUCUUCGAGUUCCUACCGCUCCUCGACCUUUCAGCCAGCCAAAAAGGGUGACAAGCCGCACCACGUCAGCGUAGUCCAACACCAUGAACAUGGAAGCCUGCAAAUCACCGAUGAGCCCGAAUCCACCUAUGGGAUGAGCUUUACUACCUAUAUGGUCUCGGUCCCCUUCACCAUCCAUGAGAUCAAGAACAACACCACCGGGGAAAGCCUCGCAGGAUUCAUGGUUUUGGACUCCGCCUGUCAGCGAACUUGUUGCGGUGAGAUUUGGUUUGAGCACCACAAGAAGUUUUUAGAGCACCACUUCAUGGCUUGCCACACGAUCCCCACCAAAGACAUGUACCAGUUCGGAAAGGGAAGCCCUACGGUCGCCGCCACUCGUGUGUACAUGCCCACGGUUUUUGACUGCAACCCCUGUUUGUUGGGAGCUGGACUUCUACCAGAGGACAUUCCACUUCUCGGGAGCAACAGCCUCAUGGACAAACUUGGAACCAUCAUCGAUCUCCCGAAUCGGUCCGUUCGUUUUACCACACCAUGGCUGAUCCACUGGAGACGAAUGGUGCAUCGCCUGAACAAGUUCAAGAAGAACGUGUGGAUCAUGAUGGCCGCGGCAGUGCGCAUGCACAUCAUGCCCAGAGCAUGGUUGGCAGAAGCAGUUCCACCAACAACGGACGUGCCCCCUCAUCCAGACAAAUGCGACCACAAGGACAUCAAGAGGUACGGCAACAUGCACGGUCGCUUCGGCAAGUGCCGCAAGUGCAUGCGGACAUGGAAGUGGAACGAAAGCAAAGAGGAAUGGGUCGUAUGGGCUGGAUCGGCAGGCUACUCUGCACGGUCGUCGCCAUUGCCACUACCGCCCUCCAGCAAGGAGAAGGACACCAAGGUUCCGAAGGGCAUGAAGGCAAAGGCAAAGCCCAAGAUGAAGAGGAGAACUACCACGAAGCCAACCACUUCUUCCACAGCGGCUUCGAGCGCCAGCACGGAGACUCGUUACUGGACCAAUUUCCGGGAGGAGUUCGACCUCAAGAUGGACCACUUGACCCCGGAGCAGGACUACGAGGUCUUCCAGAUUUGCGAGCAGGGUUCACCACUGGAUCGGGAACCUCACAGCUGGGCGCAUCACGCUUUCCUGUACGAGGAGGGCUUCCGGCAGGACAGGGAGAAGUUGGAGCGGGACGCCAACAUCAUCCGCGUCCGGAGAAUGGUGAACCUCGGGGUGAUCCCGGAGGAGGCUUUGUGGCAGAUCGAGGACUGGGAAGAGGAGGACAGUCUCGAUUGGGGACUUGUGGACGAGAUGGAAGAGCCACUUCCCAUCGUCUACACCGUCGAGAACUCCACUUACCAGACCCAUCAUGCUGUUCACCGACCACCUCCUUGUGUUGACCUAUGGGAACUCUUUGCAGGUGAAGCCAGAAUGACAGAAUUGGCUCAUCAAUACGACUUGAAUGCACUCCAACCACAGGACCUUCGUUACGGGCAGGAUUUCAAAGAUGCCUCUACGAGGGCCUACAUCAUGGAAAAGGUCAAGAAGUUUAAGCCGUGGUUGAUUCCUAUGGGUGUUGACUGCCGCCUUUGGAACCAGUUCUCCAUCAACCUCAACUGGUCCACUCCUGAACGGCAAGUUCAACUUAAAGAACUCCAACGGCAAGAACGGCCCCUCGUGCACUUCGCAACGGACGUCGCCUUGGAGCAGUACAAGAACGGCCGUUACUUCUUGAUCGAGAACCCCCUCCGAUCCACACUAUGGCAAGAACAGGCACUACAAGAACUUCUUGCGCUACCAGGAGUCUGGUCGACUACACUGGAUGCAGGUGCCUAUGGAGCGGAGGUUGAUGGCCAGCCCCUUUGCAAACCUAUGAGAUGGAUAGGCAAUGCUCCUGGUAUGGAUCUUGCCCUUCAUCGCAGGCUGGACGAUCUGGAGAAGCAGUACUGCAUCCCCAUUCAGGGCACGAUCACCAGAAAGAGCCAAGUCUACCCGGACAACCUAUGCCGGCAGAUCUUGCAAGAGUUGCGAGCAAUAGUUUUUCAGCAUGAGCCCACUCGUUUUGGACGACCACUUCACCAUGUCCUUGCUAUCUCCUACCCCACAGCGGACUUGGAUGCUUGGAAUGACAUCUCCAACUAUAUUUCUGGAGCCUAUGAGCGUUCCAACAAGAGACCGUUUGACAUCCCUCUGGACACCGAGAUGGGCAAGAGCAUUCAGCAGCUCUUCAGGAUCAAGGCCAUAAAGAUACAAGCAUGUUUUGCCCCAACUUGCCGGAGGAUUCCGGCCAAUGUUGAUGAGUACUUCACACGUGCCGCAUUCCUGCAGUAUGCGGACAAGACACGGGCAGUGGAGGUCGAAGACCUCGACGAAAUUCAAUUCCCAAGACAGCGCUUCAGCAAGGCAGUAGAGAUUGCAGUGUUCGCCUACGGCUUCAGGUUAGAGGCCCCUGAACAUCGAGAACAAGCCCAACCAGGUGAAGACAAACCUGCCAUCGUUCCAGGGCUCAUGACUGAUGUUUCUUUCGACACCAAAGAAGCCCUGGACCCAGUGAUCAAGCGCUCAGUGGCACGGUUGCACAUCAACUUAGGACACCCUUCACCUCAAGAACUUCUUCGUCUAUUAGCCUCACAGGGUUCAGUACCAUCAUUGGUUAUCAAAGCAGUGCAAGGACUAGUUUGCUCCACAUGCCGUCGGUUGAAGCCACCACAAGAACCACGACCAGCGUCUAUGCCUUCUAUGGUCGCUGGCCAAUUUGGCGAUGAGCUUCAAGCGGACAUCUUCUAUAUCCGCCUGUUGACCGGCCAGUCCUAUCCGAUCCUUGGAGUCAUUGACAGAGCAACCGGCUUGCACAUGGCCGGACUGAUGCCCGACAGAAAUGCUGACACCGCCUUCCGUGUUCUGGAAGAGAUCUGGUUGAGGCCUUUUGGGGUCCCACUCUUGUUGAGGUGUGAUCCAGACCACACCUUCAGAGGCAACUUUGAGAAUAGACUCCAAAGCAUGGGAUGCAUGGUUGAGCAUUGCGCCCCAGAAGCACACUUCCAGAUCGGCAUGGUGGAGAGGCGCAACGCCAUCCUGAGACUGACAAUCGAGAAGCUAGUUGACCAAUUUGCCACGGUCGAGCCCGAGGACAUCCCACGAAUCCUCAUUGGAGCUUGCCACGCAAGCAACAACAUGGUCUAUUCCAGAGGCCGCUCAGCAUAUCAAGCAGUGUUUGGGAGGCAGCCUCGCCUUCCCAAUGACGUCCUCUCUGACGACCAUGUCCUCUCGAGCUCCACCCAGGCCUUCGACGAGAACUACAACCCCAAGCUUCGCGCAGAGCUCGUGAGAAGUGAAGCCCAGAAAUGUUUGCUCGACUUGAAUGCGAGUCAACAGCUGCGGAGGGCAUUGUUGAGGAAGACGCGGAACACCGCCAUACCAGAUCUUCAACCGGGUCAGCGCUGCGCAGUUUGGCGCUGGUCCAAGAAAGGUGUUCGCAAAAGAGGAGCAUGGUUGACCGCAAGAUUCCUGUCAUGGGAUCCAGGCCAUGCUGGCAAGCAAGCAUGGGUGAGGCUGGGAGCUUCGACGACGUUGGUGACUGCAGAACAGCUCCGUACAGCUCAUGGAUUCGAAGACUGGACACCUGACCAGUCAGACAUAAAGGCAUUGAAGAAUGCGGCUGAAUCCUUCACCCAGCACAUACUCGAAGAUGAGAGAGGCGAACCUCCACCAGACGGACCACCAGAAGAGUUGGCAGAUGCACCACUGGAGUACGAUGCUGCUCCACCGCCUCCAACGCCAUCAAUGAUGGUUCCAGCGACACCGGCCCCAGCAACCGCAGCACCUGGAACACCGCCACCAGUGGCUCACCAGCACGCAACGGCUAUCCACGUCAACAUCGAUAGCCCUACCAACAUCCAUCACCAGCACACCACGGUGCAGAUGCAGAGGUUUGGAGACCUUCCCAAGUCUCUGAGCAGAUCCCGACGACACCAUGGACCCUACACCAAGAGUCCACCACUUCCAUCGCAGGCCGCUUCAUCCCUCAAGGGGAUUAGAACGCAGCCGGAUGAAGUUGCACAACAAGCCUCACAGGCAGCACUGGCUGAUACAUCAGCACUUGCACCGGCAGCCGAAUCUUCGGCACCACCUUUGGCAGACAAUGCCACGGCCACACUGGGCCAUACAUCACCGCAGGGCACACAGUUUCACCAACAAGCCAUUUUGGCAGAGGACCCGCCUGCCAUCCCUACUACACCAUUCUCAUCCGAGAAUGAGGGACAUAAUGCUCUACACCACCAACAGGAACAUGACACAGUGGUACCAGCAUCGGCAGCUGCAGAAGCACAUGGCAGACACUCACAAGGUCCACAACAUUCGGCAGAACCUCCUGGCAUACCUGUUGAACUACCACCGGACACAGAGCAAGAAGCAGCACAGCAGGAACCCCUGCCGACAUUACCACAGAAACGACCGUUUGACAGCUUGCACACCCUCUUGCACGAGGCAGACGGCACCAUUACCACCAUGAACCCAACAUGGGGAGGCAGAACGACUGAGAUGCUGAUGCUGGCAAUGAUCACGGCCGGAGCGAACUGCGAGCUGUUUGACACACAGCUCAAAUGGCACUCCUGGACGGCAGACGCCGCCACGGCUUUCCUGCAGGGACAGCAGCCCUCAGAGCGCCCCAUGGAGUUGUACAUGUACCCUCCAAAGGACGGCUUGAUCGACAUGACACCAUGCUGGUCACACCCUCUAUACAAGGUGAUGGGCAACAUUUAUGGCCUUGCAAAUGCACCGGCCUUGUGGUGCAAUGAAGUAGUGGCAAGACUGACUAGACUCCACUACACUCGCCACACUUUCGACCAAAUGCUGUUCAUCAAGCGUGAAGGUCAGCAGAUCGUGUCAAUGAUUUUGGUUUACGUUGAUGAUUUUUUGGGUGUUUUCAGGAGCGACUACAACAUCCAGGAAGUCAAAGAUGCCUUUGCCUGGGGUUCCUUCCACGACCUAGCAAACAAAGUGGUCACAUUUAAGGGCAAAGAGUUACACCUCCACCAACUGGAGAAUAAGCGCUGGAAGCUGAAGAUCACCAUGGCCAAGUUCAUCAAUGGCUUGGACUCCGCUAAGCUCCCGAGCGGAAGGACUUCCAGUCCGCCAGAAUUGACGCCUCUGGAGCACCGUGAGUUCAGAUCGGUGUCAGGCUGUUUGCAGUGGGCGUCCACACAAUGCAGGCCAGAAAUUGGAGCUGUGGUCAGCCUGUCCAACCAAGGCAAAGAGACCACGUGCCAUAACCUCAAGGACCUCUAUGACGCCAUGAGCUACCUGAAGAGCUCCCCACAUGAAGGGCUCUUGAUGCAGGACAUCCCAAUGAACCAGAAGACCGUCAUCGUCGCGUUCAGUGACGCCUCAUGGUGCAACGCCGCUCGAAGCGGCUCACAGAUCGGCAUCCUCAUCGGCAUUUGCCCUCCUGAGGUUCGAAGCCAGCCCACGGCUUUCUCGCCUUUGGACUGGAGGUCUUGCAGGGCGACCAGGGUCUGCAGAUCCACAUUAGCGGCCGAAGCCUCAGCAGCAGACGAGGCCUCAGACCGAGCGGCCUACUUGAACAUGGCCCUGUCCGAGAUCCUCUUCAAUGGCCCGGCUCACCGCCUUGGCUCCAUGGUCGACUAUGUCCAGACCACGGACGCGAAAUCGCUCUACGACGCAGUGGUGAGCGAGGCACCGAACCUCACGGACAAAAGGUCCCUUUGCAACGUGAGAGCAAUUCAGGAGACAGUUGACAAGUCUCAUAUGCACUGGCUCCCUUCGAAUUGCCAGUUUGCUGACGGGCUCACUAAAGUGAGCGAGACCUUGAGGUCCACGUUUCGGAGGUGGCUGAACGACCCAUUUGCCAUCCUCCUCGAGCACCCUCGCAACGAGAAGUUGCUGGUGGCCAUUGAUUUGAAGGCUGGCAGUAUCAAGGAUCGGCUUUGCGCGUGCCGUCCCACCUUGAUGCUGGCGGUGCCGCUGGUGUGGGAGAAGAUCGCUGACAGGUUGCGGGCCUUGGGUGCUGCGAACUCAGGUCUGAAGCAAAGCAUUGCUGCCUGGGCGAAAGACCUGGGCUUGAGGGCCGCCAAAGCUCGUCUCAUGGGAGGGGCGGAAGGGAAGCGCGCGGCGGGCUUCCGCGCGGAACAAGGAUACACUUUGGCCGACAUGAUUGUGUUGUCCAAGGUGAAAGCAGCCUUGGGCUUGGACCAGAUGAAGUUUGCCGCCACAGGCGCGGCGCCCAUUCGCGUGGACACGCUGGAGUACUUCGGCUCGCUGGGACUGGACAUCCAUGAGCCGCCGGGCGGCGACUUCAGCGUGGGGGAGAGUCAUGGCUGUUCGACGAUUUCGACACCUGCGUGUCAUGCCUGGGGCUCCUGCGGCUUUCAGAUUGCCGGCUUGGAGGUCAAGGUCUUUAAAGUCGACGACAAGAGCAACAGCAAGACGGAGUGCCCUCCGGCGCCGAGCCUUGACACCAUCGAUGAGAAGUACCAGGGUGAGAUUUGCUUCCGCGGACGCUCCAUAAUGAUGGGCUACAUGGCCCAACCCGACUUCGGGGAGGCCCACAUCAAAGAGAUCGAGAAGAAGACUGCGGAAGCCAUUGAUUCAGAAGGCUGGAUGCACUCCGGAGACAAAGGCAUCGUCACUGAGCAGGGCAUGGUGAAGAUCACGGGCCGUUUUAAGGAGCUCAUCAUCGGUGAUGGAGGUGAGAACAUUGCUCCAGUGCCCAUCGAGGAUCAAGUGAAGGCUGCCUGCGAUGGCAUCAAUGAGGUGAUGAUGAUCGGCGACAAGCGAAAGUACAACGUGGCCUUGAUCACUUUGAAGGCAGUGGGUGCCAACGGCGAGAUCCCAGGCACCGACGACCUGGACGCGGGUGCCAAACGAGUGAACCCCGAGGUCACCAAAAUCAGUCAGGCGCUGGACGACAAGGCGGAAGCUUUCGGAAGGGUUUGGAGGAAGGGGAGUCUUGAGUCUUGGGGGGGGGGGGGGGGGGGGGUUACAGGUACUGGAGGAGGUGCUACUGGUCAGGAUGGUAAGGUGAUAUGGUAG